AUGCCUGCAGCCCCCGGCGGUACACAGACAUCACGCCUCCAUCCUAUAUUGAAAGCAGUCUCGUCGCUCAAUCGACUUGUGGCUGACGAGGCCUCGUACCACGCUGAGCUGCAAGAGCGCCAUGAACAGAUCUUGAAAAGAGAGAAGCUUCUUGAAACGCUUAAGGAGGACCCCGAAGAAGAAGGGAAUUCACUGUGGAUGCUGAAGCAGGAGCGUAUGGCAUAUGAUGAAACUAAGAGAAUGUUACCUAAGAUGGAGCAGCUGGUCCGAGAAGCCGUGGAGAGACUUGAGGGGCUGAUGCAAGAAGAAAGGGGAAAGGAGAAUGAUGCCAAUGAGACAGCUCUCCAUGAAGCAGCCGAAGCAAUCCAAAAAGCGAAACAAGCAGUUCCAGCCCUGGUUGGGCCGAGAAGUGAGGCAUGA